AUGAUCAUGAGGAAGCGUGCCCUGGAACAGAGUCGGUUCUUUGUUGACCAGCAACUUGGUGACCCACAAAUAACUGUUGCAGACCUGCAAGAGCGACUUGCAAGAGGCGACACUUUCACCGACAAGUUGUUGUAUUUUGGUGCAAAUCUACUUGGUACAGCUCAGUAUUGGCACCAGAGACGUAGAGAGCUUCGUGCAUUGGUUGAGUUCAUGGUCAAUGAGAAGCAUGGGUUACCUUCAUUUUUCAUGACUGGAAGCUGUGCCGAGUUUUACUUUCCUCCUCUUAGAAGACUACUUGAAGAGUACAUCUUGCAGACCAAAGGAAAAGAAGCCAACCUUGCUGAAGAUAGUAAUGCCUGCUUCAAGGCAGUACAAGAAAAUACUCAUGUAGUGGUGAGUUACUUUGACCUACGCACCCACGCAUACCAUGAGAAGGUACUAAAGCCAGUAUUCGGUGUCUCUGAUUAUUGGUACCGCUAUGAGUUUGCCAAGUCCCGCGGUCAAAUUCAUUGGCACCAACUCAGCUGGAGGGAAGACAGGCAACCGCAUAAGCUAUUGCAUGAAGCUCGUGAAGAUGGUUGCGAAGAGGAAGAGUAUGCAGCUAGACUUAGUCAGUGGGCGGAUCAAACCUUUGCCAUGACGAAGAACGGCACCCGAGAAAAGACCUCUGGCCACCACCUGAGGGAACGGCUCAGCCCAUAUCAGAUGAUAUAG